AUGGAGCUCAACUCCCUCCUCAUCCUCCUGGAGGCGGCCGAGUACCUGGAGAGACGGGACCGAGAAGCAGAACAUGGCUAUGCAUCAGUGUUACCCUUCGAUAGUGACUAUUCCAGAAAGAAAACAAAGGCAGGCACCAUGGCCAGAAAAUCCCAGAAUAACAGGUCAUCACACAACGAACUAGAAAAACAUAGGCGGGCUAAGCUCCGGCUAUAUUUGGAACAGCUAAAACAGCUUGUGCCUCUCGGGCCAGACAGCACCAGACACACCACUCUAAGUCUGUUGAAAAGAGCUAAGAUGCAUAUCAAGAAAUUGGAAGAACAGGACCGAAAAGCUCUAAAUAUUAAAGAACAAUUACAGCGGGAGCACCGCUACCUCAAACGCAGACUGGAGCAGCUAUCCGUGCAGGGCAUGGAGCGGAUCCGCACCGACAGCAUGGGAUCAACAAUAUCCACUGAUUCCGAACAAGAAGUAGACAUUGAAGGAAUGGAGUUCACCCCAGGGGAAAUGGACAGUAUUGGAAGCGCCAGCGACGCCGAAGACCACUACAGUUUGCAAAGCGGUUCGAGCGACGGAGGCUACACACAUUCCCGCAGACUGAAUGCCAGGCUCUCAUAGUGCCUGAGUUACCGCUCCGACUCAGGACCAUCUGACUGAAGCACUUAUCUAUGAAAAUUCCAGAGGUGUCAACUGCCACUCUUCCGGGAAACCCCAACCACAGUACUCUGAAAUGGAGGUUUCUUACCCACGGUUCCCUGCACUGUAACCACAAUAUUCGAUAUUGUAAAUCAUGGGUUUGCUGCAGAGAACUGUGGCUAGGUACAGUUGUGACUUAAAGCUAGCUUGAUGUAGCCAUACUGCAAAUUGAGGAAAAAUAAAAGUACAUCAUUCCAUUCCAGAAGUAUUAGAUUCAGACUGUUGGAGGCAUGUGAUGGCGUAAGGAAGGUUGACAGUUCUUUGGUUUUUGCAGGCACACUUUCAGCCAUCGAAGAAUAAAUGGAAUCUACAAUGUGGUUAGUGAUUCAAAGAUACAAAAACUAGAACUACUUUUUUCUUGUGGUAUUUUUUAAGGAAAAAAACCCCGACAUUUUGAACGCUGUAUGGCGGGUGGUGUAGUACAAAUUCUUUCAGCAGUUGCUUGAGCAAAGCAGACAGAUAAAUUAUCAAAUCUCAGAUGAUGAUCUUUAGAAAAGGUCAUAUUUACAAGUCACUACUGUACUUCAAAAUGGGGGAAAAGCCAGCUCUAAUAAUGACUUCAUGUGGGAUUAUCUCAACUUUCUUUUGCUUUUUUAUAUUCAAUAUCCAACCAGCAGCAAAUCUGCUGUCCUGUCCAUGUUAACAGGACGAGUAGAAGACGACACUGCAGUUUUAUCCUGUUACCGUGGAACGGAUGAUAGUUGAAGCAUUUCA